GUAGUUUCUCAGUAUUUAAGUGCAUCACUAAAGUUAUGCAUUUAGGUCAGGUAAGGAGAGAGUUUGGAGAUUUCCGACAGCCCUUGAAAGCAUCACAGCGCCAUGCUAGCAGUCAGCUAACAUGAGCUUUAAAAAAAAGUCGUAAAUCAAACUUAUCAGAGUCAACACUCACCGGCGGGAAGCGAACACUGUAUCCUCUCUUGUUUCCUGGCAUCUAAACGUGUCCACGCCGCGCGGCUCCUUCACAUGUUUCAUGUUUUGUCCCCGAAGCGUCGCCGCGUCCAUUUGUUUACCUUCUUCGGCGGGAAGGAAGGAAGCUAACUAGCUAGCCGGCUAGUUGAGUGACAGGUGCACCUGACCCCCCGACGAUGACGUCACCAGUAGGCGCAUUUUUUUUCUAAAUGAUUAUUGAACAAUUGAAUAUACUAACACAAUAAGACAUUUUUACUUUAAAAUACUGGCAAUUUGUAGGAUGAGCAUAUAACAUAUGAACAUUAAAGUACAACCCACCUAUACAGGACAAGAUAAGGGACAAAUAUAGAAAGACAAUACAAGAAACUAAUAUUCUGUCCAUCCAUUUUCUACCGCUUGUCCCUUUUUGGUGGUGGCGGGGGGUGCUGGAGCCUAUCUCAGCUGCAUUCGGGUGGAAGGCGGGGUACACCCUGCACAAGUCGCCACCUCAUAUUGACAUAGAAAAAUAAUAAAACUAAUCGGCAUUUGCAAUUUAAUAAUUAUAUAGGACAUUGGAAAAAUAUUCACAGCGCUUCACUUUUCCCACAUUUUGUUGUGUUACAGUCGUACUCCUCAAAAUUAUACACACAAUAACCCACAAUAACAAUGUGAAAACCAAUCCAUCCAUCCAUCUCCUUCCGCUUAUCCGAGGUCGGGUCGCGGGGGCAGCAGCCUAAGCAGGGAAGCCCAGACUUCCCUCUCCCCAGCCACUUCGUCCAGCUCUUCCCGGGGGAUCCCGAGGCGUUCCCAGGCCAGCCGGGAGACAUAGUCUUCCCAACGUGUCCUGGGUCUUCCCCCGUGGCCUCCUACCGUGAUGCCGUCUGAGAUGUGUUGUGUCCCAAAUAGCUGCAAUCGCGCGUUCUGAUACAGUCUGCUUUGCCAGUCCAAAAGCAUUCGCCGUUUUUCCGUAGUUAGUCUUCCCCCGACGGCCAGGUAAUACAAGGCACACACUACCUUUUUUUAUCACAUCCACGGGAGCCCGCAUUCUCGUUGUCUCUCCUUCGAAAAAUGGAAGCAGUUUUUGGCUGCGCAGUAGCAGGAGAGGCCCUGCAGCAGGUCAAGCAGCGCCCCCUACAGGAGGAUUUCCUCCACGCUCGUCUUCAUCCUCUGCUCCAGUGUCCCGACAUGAGUCCCUCUCCAAGCAUCCCAACCUCAGUCGAGCGUGUGAAAGCUGCAGACGUCAAAGUCAUCGCCGCGCUGGGAGACUCCUUGACGACAGCUAUUGGUGCCAACGGCUCCACCAUUCUCUCCAUCCCUUUUGAAUUUCGCCAAUUGUCUUGGAGCAUUGGGGGAUACGGAACCUACCAGAAUGUAAUUACAUUGGCAAAUAUUUUCAAACUCUUCAACCCCGGGCUGCUGGGUCCGUCCCCGGGUGCCACCUUUCACGGACGGCCCGUCACCGUCAACCAGACCGGCUUCAAUUUUGCCGUGACGGGACACAACACGCUGAACGUGUCAGAUCAGAUCCGUCACAUGAUAAAAACCUUCCAAUCAUACCCAGGUCUGAGCUUCCACCAAGACUGGAAGGUGGUGACCGUGCUGAUCGGCAUGAACGACGUCUGUGAUUACUGCAAGAACAAGACCCUGUUCUCUGCUGACAGUUUCAUCCACUACAUGACUGAAGCCCUCGACAUGAUGAUGGACAAGAUCCCGAGGACCAUCGUGAACGUGGUGCAGAUCCUCCCCAUGAAGCCUCUCAGAGACGUCCACAAGCCGACGCUGGGCUGCCAGCUUCAAAAGCGCUUCUGCUCGUGCCUCGUUCAGCCCGAGGAAGACUCGCCCGAGCUGGAGGAGCUGGUCCAGGUGAACGUGCAGUUCCAGAGAAAACUGCGACAACUUCUCGACGGCAACCGUUUCUUCAAAAAGGACUUCGCAGUCGUUCUGCAGCCUUUUUUGGCGAAGGCGGCACCGCCCAGACUUCCUGACGGUACUGUGGACUCCAGCUUCUUCACGGCCGACUGUUUCCACUUCACCGUCAAAGGACACGAGGAACUGGCCAAGGGACUGUGGAACAACAUGUUCCAGCCUGAAGGAGAAAAGGAGAUGAUCGACACCUUUUCUGAGCCAACAAAACUCAUUUGUCCACCAAAGGAGCAUCCUUACAUUUACACCAGACCAGAGAGCAAGUCGUCUUCUCCAACAAUCAAACUAUCUUCUCUGACGACACUCUUGUUUGUUGGUGUCCUCUUUCUUCCUCUCUACUAGUUGUAGCCUGCACCUUUCAUAGCAUCCAUGCAUGUUUGCACACACUACUCAUCAUUUUAUUAUGCAAUCUAUCUCAUUCUCACCAUGACACAUCUUCACCUGUUUGUGUCUUAACCAUAGGGACGGUGUGGAGGUGCAUUGCUUUAUUACGAAAGCUGUUUUUUGACACUGAGUUUGUGAACUGAAUUUUUUUGCAUUGAAUUAUACUGACAAUUUUAUUGAAAAAAAAUGUGUUGGCAAAAUGCGUGUUUCAAAAUUAAUUGUAUGAAAAUUCAGUGUUUAAAAAUUCAGUGUCGAAAAAUUAAUUGUUUGAUAAUUCAGUGUAGAACAAUUAUGUGUUUAAAAAUUCAGUGUAGAAAAAUUCUGAGUUUAAAAAUUCACGGUACAAAAAUUAAUUGUUUAAAAUUUCACAGUUUCAAAAUUCAGUGUAGAACAAUUCUGGGUUUAAAAAUUCAGUGUAGAACAAUUCUGGGUUUAAAAAUUCAGUGUAGAAAAAUUCUUUCUGGAAAAAUUCAGUGUCGAACAAUUCUGUGUAGAGCAAUUUUGGGUUUAAAAAUUCAGUGUAGAAAAAUUAAAAGUAGAAAAAUUUAGUGUAAAAAAAUUCAUUGUUUAAAAAUUAAGUGUAGAAAAAAUUCAGUGUCAAAAAAUUCAUUGUUUAAAAAUUCAGUGUCGAAAAAUUUAGUGUUUAAAAAUUCAGUGUCGAAAAAUUCAAGGUAGAAAAAUUCAGUGUCAAAAAAUGUGUUGUUUAAAAAUUCAGUGUAGAAAAAUUCAGUGUCAAAAAAUUCAUAGUUUAAAAAUUCAGUGUCGAAAAAUUUAGUGUUUAAAAAUUAAGUGACGAAAAAUGUAGUGUUUAAAAAUUCAGUGUCGAAAAAUUCAAGGUAGAAAAAUUCAGUGUCAAAAAACUCAUUGUUUAAAAAUUCGGUGUAGAAAAAUUCAGUGUCGAAAAAUGUAGUGUUUAAAAAUUCAGUGUCGAAAAAUUCAAGGUAGAAAAAUUCAGUGUCAAAAAAUUAAUUGUUUAAAAAUUCAGUGUAGAAAAAUUCAGUGUCAAAAAAAUUAUUGUUUGAAAAUUCAAUGUAGAAAAUUUCUGGGUUUAACAAUUCAGUGUAGAAAAAUGUUGUGUUUAAAAAAUGUUGUGUUUAAAAAUUUAGUGUAGAAGAAUGUAGUGUUUAAAAAUUCAGGGUAGAAAAAUUUAUUGUUGAAAAAUUCAGCGUUUAAAAAUUCAGUGUAGAACAAUUCUGUGUAGAACAAUUCUAGGUUUAAAAAUUCAGUUUAGAAAAUUUCAGAGUUAAAAAAUUCAGUAUAGAACAAUUCCGUAUAGAAAAAUUCAAUGUCGAAAAAUUCAGUGUGGAAAAAUCUAGUGUAGAAAAAUUCAGUGUCGAAAAAUUCAAGUUAGAAAAAUUGAGUGUCGAAAAAUUAAUUGUUUAAAAAUUCAGUGUAGGACAAUUCAGUGUCAAAAAAAUCAUUGUUUAAAAAUUCAGUGUCGAAAAAUGUAGUGUUUAAAAAUUCAAGGUAGAAAAAUUCUGUGUCAAAAAACUAAUUGUUUAAAAAUUCAGUGUAGAACAAUUCUGUGAAGAGCAAUUUUGGGUUUAAAAAUUCAGUGUAGAAAAAUUCUGUGUACAAAAAUUCAGUGUCAAAAAAUCUAGCGUUUAAAAAUUCAGUGUCGAAAAAUUCAAGGUAGAAAAAUUCAGUGUCGAGAAAUUCAUUGUUUAAAAAUUCAGUGUAGAAAAAUUUUGUGUUUAAAAAUUCAGUGUCGAAAAAUUCAUUGUUUAAAAAUUCAGUGUCAAAAAAUGUAUUGUUUAAAAAUUCAGUGUAGAAAAAUUCUGUGUCUAAAAAUUCAGAGAAAAAAAAUUAAUUGUUUAAAAAUUCAGCGCUUAAAAAUUCAGUGUAGAACAAUUCUGUGUAGAGCAAUUUGGGGUUUAAAAAUUCAGUGUAGAAAAAUUCCGUAUAGAAAACUUCAGUGUCGAAAAAUGUAGUGUUUAAAAAUUCAAUGUCGAAAAAUUAAUUGUUUAAAAAUUCAGUGUAGAACAAUUCUGUGUUUAAAAAUUCAGGGGAGAAAAAUUAAUUGUUUAAAAAUUCAGCGUUUAAAAAUUCAGUGUAGAACAAUUCUGGGUUUAACAAUUCAGUGUAGAAAAAUGUUGUGUUUAAAAAAAUUUGUGUUUAAAAAUUCAGUGUAUGAAAAUUCAUUGUUCAAAAAUUCAUUGUAGAACAAUUCUGUGUAAAAAAAAAUUCAGGGUUUAAAAAUUCAGUAAAAAAAAAUUCAGAGUUUAGAAGUUUAGUGUAGAAAAAUGUAGUGCUUAAAAAUUUAGUGUGUUUUUAUUUACUUUUAUUCUGAUGUUAAUGACCAUGAUUAACAAAGAAAAGUCACACAUCCUAAAAUCUUUCAAUAUCCUCUUGAAAAGUGUGCAAGUCAAGUAGAUCACUUCAAAGUAUCGACACUAGCAUCACCGCCCUCCUUUUCAGCAGACUCGUUAAAGCAGCAUCAGCAUGGCUCACAGCAGACAAAACAACCGAGAAAGUCCUGACAUCCUCCUGAAAAUGAGUUUUCAUCGCUGGUUUUAUGUCUUUUCAUAAUACAAACACUGGGAAUUACACUACAAUGUUGUUUCACUUCAGUCUGCUCUUGUAGCAGGUAGUCAUAUUAUCUUAGUUAUUAUUAUUAUUAUGAUUAUUUCCAUUAUAUUUUUAUUAUUAUUAUUAUUAUCUUAGUUGUUAUUAUUAUUGUAGUUUUUAUAUUUAUAUUUAUUUUUAAUUAUUAUCAUAGUUAUUAUUAUUUAUUAUUAUUAUCAUU